AUGGACAUCGUGAUAAAAGGACCCACCGUCCGGGUGGGGCUCAAAGCCCAGGACCUCGAGUACGAAGAUAACUGGGAGGCGGAGGAUAGAUUCGGACAACAUAUAUGUGAACAGUUGAAUCUUGGGAGAGGCCGUCCGAUUAUGUGUCAUUGCACAGACCAUGCCUACCUGUUUGAAGCCGGGGGAAAGUUUUACUUCUGGUAUUGCGUUGGUCUUGAUGUCUUCGAAAUUACCUCUCCGAUAACCCUGGAUGAAAUUAUUAAGACUAUGAAGGAAAAGGGAGAUGGGGGCGUGAAGACUAAGAGGCUUGUAUGA